CCAGCUUGCAUCAACAACUUUAUCGAACCAUCGCCAAACACCUCCAAUUCCUCUCCGCCGUGACAAGACACCCGCACGCUGAAUGAUACAAUAUUAGCGACAGGACUAGACAUCCGCAAUGGCGCUUCAACCCGAGGCCGGCAGCAACAUCGAUCGCGCAACAACUGCGCCCUUCCUCCUCCGACUUUUCUGGCGUCAAGCGCGCCCACUCGAUCCUUGGGAAUUCAGUGUCGCCCCUCCAGCAGAUACCACAAACAUUCCCGAUUACUCCUCUCUUCUGCCGACUACCAUCAGGCAACAGAGCGUGCAAAUCUACACUUGGCCAAACUGCACUCUGGGCGAACUUACCGCGCUUUUCACCUCCGUCCUCCCGCAAGGCGUGAUACCUUCUCCAGGCGUAGGAACGCGUCUCGUAUUCAAGCUCAUCUUUCCCGAUACGCGCGCUACCAUCGUGGAAGGCAACAGAGGGAAAUGGAUUGAUAAGCCACUGGGAUCAGUAGUGAUUGGUGGAGGAAAUGCGGAGCUGCAGGAUGACCAAGACGAGGCAUUGGAUCUGAAGGAUAUGUUGGAAGGAGACGCGCAUAAGACAUUAGCUGGCGCGAGGUUUGUCAUUGGGGAUUAUGUGGCUUGCUCGAUAUAUCCUCCUGGUCAAGAUGGGAGAGUGCAGCCUAUACCACGAGGGCCGCCCCGCGACGGUGGCUAUGGUAAUCGCGGUCCACCUCCAGGCCGAGAGAAUGGAUAUGGAGGCGGCGGCUAUGGUAGGGAAGGAGGCUAUGGCAGAGGCGGCUACGGCCGGGGUGGCGGAGGAUCGUAUGGCCCUGGGCCUUACAGAGGAGGACGCGGGGGAGGUGCCCCACCCGGCGAUGGAGAUUGGCGCAGAGGUGAGCGACCACCAGGAGGUGGUUACGACGGGCCUAGAAGUGGUGGUUACAGAGGUGGUUACGGCGGAGGGCGACCAUAUUAGCUGCGUCGACGCCGCUGCCAAAGGGUCAGAAAGAGUGUUUGUGGUUUUAGCGAAGGCGUUUGGAAGAGUAACAGCAUGCUUACGUGUAAAAGAAAGAGUGGGCUGUUGAGAUUAAUCACAAGCUCGGUGUCCGAAUGUUUCGACAUUCUCAACACGUCGAAACAGGUCUUGUCUGGCCUUUCAUUUUCUCAGUCUACAUCAGAUACCGGAGAGGCUACCAUCUAGAGCCAUACCCAUGCCUGCAGACAUGUGCCACACUCAGCACCACGGUGCGACACGGAUUCCAAAUCACCGUGACCCCAUCUGGCGGAGGCUCAGCAAAACAACCCACUAAGGAGCAACG